AUGCUCCCAUACUGGUCUACAGCCACGCCUAUGAAAAGCAUGGGCAAGGCAGCUUACUCCCCUUCCCCCCUUGCCUACUUCCCCUUUACCCCUCAGACAUAUAUUCGUUUGCCUACUAGUGCCAUGACCAUGAAGAGCGUGGGCAAGGCGGCUCUAGCCAUGGCGGACGAGGUGCGGCGGCAGUUUGACACCAUCCCGGGCCUCAUGGAGGGCACCGCCCGCCCCGACUACCACAAGUGCGUGCAGAUCUCCACCAAGGCGUCGCUCAAUGAGAUGUUGCCACCUGGCGCGCUUGUGCUGCUCGCGCCGAUCAUCACGGGGGUUCUGUUCGGGACGGCAACGCUGGCAGGGCUCCUGGCAGGGGCGCUGGUGUCUGGGGUGCAGAUGGCGGUAUCGGCGAGUAACACGGGCGGCGCGUGGGACAACGCGAAGAAAUACAUCGAAGCGGGGAUGACGGAGCACGCGCAGUCGCUGGGGCCGAAGGGGUCGGAGGCGCACAAGGCUGCGGUGAUCGGGGAUACUGUGGGGGAUCCUCUCAAAGAUACGUCUGGGCCGUCGCUGAAUAUUCUCAUCAAGCUGAUGGCGGUUGAGUCGCUGGUGCUGGCGCCCUUCUUUGUGGCGCACGGCGGGCUCAUUUGGGGCAAGUCCACGUGA